AUGCAAGACAUAUCCAAUGGACUUGAACCUUUCCCGAUACCUUUGAUACAAGGUGAAGUGGGAUCAUUAGAAACAUAUAUAAUCGAUUCGAUAUUCCCUAACGGCACACCGAUAUCGUCUUUCAGACCGGAUGAGGACGAGGAGCAAGACGACCCUUGGACAUGCUCCUGCGUAAGGGUUGAUGAUGAUGAAUCUGCUUUAUGCACAGUCAGGGAUAGUGAUACUUGCGAUUGCGUGAGUGGAUUUGGCAAUUUUUAUACACCGCCUGAUGCUGAAUUUAACCAAGUAUUGAAUAUCGAUGCUUUGCCUGAAAGACUCCCGUUGGUGGAGUGUUCACCGCAAUGCCCCUGUGCUGAGCGAUGUGCCAAUCGACUCACUCAGCGUGGGGUACGUCUAUCAUUGAUGGUGAAGCAGUCCUCAUCAGGUAUAGGUCAUGGUCUAAUUUACUCGCCUCCUUCUGAAAAAUCGAUCUUACCUAGAGGAAGCUUUGUAUCUCUCUACGCUGGAGAAUACCUUACGAGUCCUCAAGCCCGUCUUAGAUGGGACAGUCAAUUGGUCAAUAGCAAAGUAGGAGAAGGCAAUUACAUACUUUCUUUGAAGUUGCCGGACGAGUUAUGGCACAUAGAUCCAAGGUAUAAAGGUAAUAUCGGAAGGUUUCUCAAUCAUUCUUGUGAGCCGAAUUGUGUGAUACAGAUUGUGAGAUGGGGAAUGGACAGUCUGCCUAGAGCAGCUAUAUUCACGAAGAGGGAUAUAAAGUAUGGAGAGGAAUUGUCCUUCGACUACGCCAAUGCUUCUGGCUCGACCGAGUUGGCUUUGACAUUGGAGGAAGAGAGUCAUCACCAGAAGGACGGAGAACAAAGAACAAAGUGUCUAUGUAGUAGUACUCAAUGUAGAGGCUGGAUGCCAUUCGAUGAGUCUUUGUAG